AUGCAGGAUUAACAAUCAAUCAAUGUAAGAUUGAUAGUAUAAAUCUUAGAUCCAAAUUAAUUCUUAUUCAUAUGAGAGUACAACCAUAUUUUAUUAAAUUUCAGUCAAAGUUGGAAUUAAAUAAUGGAUUGUAUAGAAGAGAUAUUCAUAAUUUGAAGAGUUGAAUCGUAUACUUGAAUUAACAUUUAAAUAGUUGCCUUAAUUACCUAAAAAAAAUUUUAUUACUUUUUUAGUUGGCAAAUCAAUUGAAUAGAUAAAUGAACGCAAAUAUGGAUUAUAACAUUAUUUAUAAACAUUAGCAUCCAGAAUAGAAAUUUUAGAAUGUGAGGCAUUUUAAUCCUUUUUAAAACUAUAAUAGACUGAAUAAUUCAUUAAAUAAGAAUUAUUCAAAGAAAAUAUCAUUGAAUAAUAAUAAUAAGAGAGUCCUACACAAAUAAAAUAAGAAAUAGAGAGUGAAUAAAAAUUAUAACCUAUUCCUGAAUCAUUAUUUAUUAGCAAAAGAGAUUAAGAAUAAUAAACCUCAUUUAUAGAGAAUUAAGUGGAAUAAGAAAAAAGUAACUCGAUUGAAUAAUUUGAAAAUUAAUAAUCAUCAGAUAUUUAAUAAAAGGAAUCAAAUGAAAAUGCUGAAUUAAUAGUGGAAAUGAAAGCUUAGCUUUAAGAAUAUUAUGAUCAAAUAAGUGAAAAAGAUCUUAUUAUUUAAAAUUUUAAUCAAAAAGAACUUGAAACCUAAGAAUAUUAUAAUCAAUAAAUUUAUGAAAAAUAAUAUCGAAUUAAUGAAUUAAAUGGAUAACUUAAUUAAUAUUAAGAAACAUAUUCAGAAUUAUAGAAAUAAUACUAAAAUAUGUAAAAUCAUAUGGAAGAGUUGAAUAUAAAAUUUUAAGAGAGCCAACAAUAAUCUGAAUUGUUAGAAUAAUAGCUUCAUUAAUAAUAGAAUUUUAUAUAGCAAUAAUUUACAUCAAUAGGUUAUGAGAACUUAAACCAAAUAUAAUUAUAGUAAAUAAUAAUUGAAUAGUAAAAGAAAUUAGAUGAAUAAAUUCAAGUAAAUAAAGAAAAAGAAUUUGAAUUUAAAUAAGAAUUAGAUAAGCAUUAUUUAGUUGAAGUGCAAAGAGAUGAACUAUUUUAAGAAAAUUAAUUAUUAAAAGAAUAAUUAGAGGAAGAAUUAUUAAAUAGAAAUGAAUAAGCUGAAACUAUUGAAUAAUUAAAAUUAUAAUUGGAAAAUUUAUAAAUGUAAUUAAAAGAAAAAUAAGAAAUUUUAGAAAUUAAAAAUGAAUUAUCAUGA